GUUUCAAGGGCCGUGAACUUUAUCAUGUUUGAAGGGCCCAAAAGUCAAACAUGAAUUACCAGUGGUAAAUAAGUUACAGUUGACCCAUGGUAAAUAAAACUCCGGAAACCCAUAACGCCUUCCCGGGAAGCAUCUGCCGCCCUGAUGAACCAGUCCGUCUGAACGUCGAGCUUCGAGCGUAAUAACAAUUGAAAUAAAGGAGGGAGAGAGAGAGGGCAAUGUCCAGGGCUCGCGUCUACGCGGACGUCAACGUUCAGCGCCCAAGAGAUUACUGGGAUUACGAAUCUCACACUCUUCAAUGGGGCGAAAGUUGUUGUAGAAUUACUCAUGCCAGGGGCCCGCUCGGGACAUUUGAGCGCAAAAGCACUUUUGGUUGUCUGAAGGCGUUGUUUUGUGAACAAGGUGACUAUGAGGUUGUUCGGAAGGUUGGAAGAGGAAAAUACAGUGAGGUCUUUGAAGGUGUGAAUGUCACCAACAAUGAAAAAUGUGUUAUCAAGAUCCUUAAACCCGUCAAGAAAAAGAAGAUUAAAAGGGAGAUAAAGAUACUGCAGAAUCUUUGUGGUGGUACAAAUAUUGUGAAGCUGCUUGAUAUUGUUAGAGAUGAACAUUCAAAAACUCCUAGCUUGAUCUUUGAAUAUGUGAACAGUAUAGAUUUCAAAGUGUUGUACCCCACACUGACGGAUUAUGACAUUCGCUACUAUAUAUAUGAACUUCUCAAGGCAUUGGAUUACUGCCAUUCGCAGGGCAUAAUGCAUCGAGAUGUCAAGCCUCACAAUGUUAUGAUCGAUCAUGAGCUCCGAAAACUUCGCUUGAUUGAUUGGGGUCUCGCUGAAUUCUACCAUCCUGGCAAGGAGUACCAUGUCCGGGUAGCUUCAAGGCACUAUAAGGGGCCUGAACUCCUUGUGGAUUUGCAAGAUUAUGACUAUUCGUUAGACUUGUGGAGCCUUGGCUGUAUGUUUGCAGGAAUGAUCUUUCGCAAGGAACAAUUCUUCUAUGGUCGUGACAAUCAGGACCAGCUAGCGAAAAUUGCUAAGGUUCUUGGAACAGACGAAUUAAAUGCAUAUUUGAAUAAAUAUAACCUUGUGCUUGAUCCUCAGCUCGAGGCUCUUGUUGGAAGGCACAAUAAGAAGCCAUGGUCAAGAUUUAUCAAUGCAGAAAAUCAGCAUCUGGUUUCUCCAGAGGCCAUUGAUUUUCUAGAUAAGCUUCUUCGAUAUGAUCACCAGGAAAGGCUUACAGCAAGAGAAGCAAUGGAUCAUGCAUACUUCUCCCAAGUGAGAAGUGCAGAAAAUAGCUGGAUACAGACGCAGUAACACCAGACUCCAAUUGAAUCCUUUGGUAAAAAAACUUUUAUCCUCUGUCUUUCCUUGUAGCCUGUAAUAAUCACUGAAGGAAGAUAUUUACCUAACUUAGGUUGUUCAUUACAUUCAUUAUUUGAAAUUUUAAUGACGAUAUUCUUUCUUUUCCGAACACA